UGUCUUCUUAUUACUUAUUUAUUUCUCUUGUUCAUGUUCCUACUAUUGCAAUUUGAAAACAUCUUAUUUGUAAUAUCUUGAAAUUUGAAUUCGAAAAACUCGUAUCUUGAAUCUGAAAUAUCACUUCAAGUUUCCUUCUUUUUUUUUUGUGGUAAAAUCUUCAAGUUUCCUUUUGAAAUCGAAACACUCUCUUGUGUUCUGCUUUCGUAUGUUUCCGAAAAGUUUUCAAUCUUCUGUCAAUAGUAACUUCCUGAGCUAUAAAGUGUCGUGCCUUAAAGGUGUUCGAUGGUUUACCUCAUUGCGUUUUAAGGUGAAAUGUGUUUAGUGUUUAGAAUUUGUAUUUCUACUGCGAUCUGUGAUGAGUUAAGAGAUACUGAACACUUUAAUCUUAAGCAAAGCUUCUCUUUACUCUUAUAUAAAAAAUUACUUGUGGAUUUAGCUCCUGGACUAACCCGUUUCGUGCUAUAAAAGAUCCCUUCAUCUCAGUGUCAAAAGAUUUGAUAUUUGUUUCCACUUGCAAUGGGGUUACUUUCUUCUCAAAACUGUAAAUUGCAUUUAUUUUUUAUAGGACCCUGAAUGGUAUGAGUUAAGUAUAUAUAGUCAUGUCGCAUGGGAAUAGAACUUAUGAUUGCUUUAUGUAGUAGAAAUUUCCGACCUUACUAUCGGAUGUUUGCUCUCAUCAGUGAUAUCAACGAUGUGAUGAUUGUUGCUGAGGAAUCUCCUGACUCAAGCAAAAAGAGGAAACUGGGAGCUGAAGAAUCAGACUUGUUACCAUUACCGAAACACUUUUGUCUUGAGCAAGCUGCCCAUCCUGAUUCUUCAUGCCCAUCAUCAGAUAUAGAAUCUGCAGAAUGUUCUUAUGCUAUGGAAUACACAAAAAACAGCGAUGAGACCUCUUCUUCUGCAUCUGGCACAGUGGCUUCUUCGUACAUGUCUAAAGACUCUUCUUAUUCAACCGGAAGUUCGAGUUCGGGUUCUGGUCAUGCAACAUCAAGCAUAGACCAAUGCUGUUACAAAGACAAAACACAAGAAUAUGUUGAAGACCUUAGUGACAUGGAUUUCCUUUGUCCCGAGCUUGCGGUUGAAGAUCUUCAAGAGCUUCUCCACUCUCAAGAUUCGAAUCUAAAAGGGUCUUACACUCUUUCUUCCGCAAAGUGGAGUGUUAGCAACCAAGAUUCCGAAGAAGCUACCACGAAACCAACCAUUGAUCAAGAGUUCGAGGAGUACUUUUCAACACUUAUGAUGUAACAGGGAGCUACACACAUAUGUAUCACUUAUCACUGCAAUGUUUAUGUAAAUAUUUCACCUUGUUUUUUUGACAUAAAAUCCAAAACACACCUAAGGGCAUGGCAAUGGUCAUCUGCAAUUUUUUGGAAGCUUUGAAAGUUGUCAUUUUUUAUGACACUUUUCUCACCCAAAAUGUAACCGAAGAAACACUUAGUUUAUUACAAAACAGAAG